GAUGUAAACAGAGCUGAACCGAGGAGAAAUUUGGCAGCAAGUCUUCAGCUGAGCGUCGCCUAUUAUUUGUUGGCUUUUCAAAGUUAAACUUCUGUCGGUAACAGCUUAAGUUUGUGUUCACCCUCUGUUACUCCAGCAGUUCGAGAGACGAGCAGAAUAUCUUCACUGUCAAACAUGAGUAGCCACGUUGACGUGAAAAACAUCGAACCGACCACCUUCGAGGACGGCCACUACGAUGAAUACGAAUACUACAAUUUAUCAGACCGUUAUACCGAGUGCGCUAGUCGUAAAGGCAGGACGAAGAAGGAGGCGAGCUGCAACACGAACAGACAAAACCCCGCGGGACACGAGCGCAAAAUAACCGAAAAACUCCAAAACGCUGAAAAGAAGUCCAAAGAGUGACACUGAAAAGAUUCAAUCGGACGGCUAUAACUGGCAACCGACCACAGGUGUCUCUGUGAGAAAUGGGCACUGGACUACAGCAGGAAUGACUCUGGAAUCUCAGCCUCAGGGUUGGAAUGAAAUGUGUAGGAAGACGUUCAGCGUCCAGUGAUUUGUGAAGAUGGUUUUGUGAGGCGCAACACCCUUGGUGGGGUGGGCACUGCGGGACGCACACCUGUUCAGAAGAACCGAUAUGCUUGCUUGCGAUGGUGGUGUAGGCCUACUUCCUGGCCAUUUUUGGUGUUUUUAUGGGUACUAUAUUUUAAAAAGUGCUUUUAAAUAAAGUUAACUUUUCCAUCAAG